AUGGUGGGGGAAGAGCUGGGAGAAGGACAAGAAAAUCAGGAAGGAGAUCAGGAAGGCCAUCAAGGAAAUCAAGAGGAGGAAGAAGAAGACGAUAAUAACCAAAUCCCCGUUCCACCACAUGAUUUUGACUUUAAUGGGGGAAAUGAAGCAGAAGAAGAUGAUGAUAUGGAAUUUGCUUUUGACAUGCCUCCGGGUAUUAAUCAUCCUCCUGGAUUUGAUCAAGAACAAGAACAACAAGAACAACAAACUACGGGUACAACAACGCCAGGAUUGACACCAUUAGAAGGAAGUGCAAGGGGAAGUACAACAAGUUCUACAAUGGAAGGUUCCUCCAUUGAAUAA